AUGACUGAGAAGGCGCCAACUACCUCCGAAAUCAAAGUCGCAGUAGCAGCAUAUAGCAUCCAGCGUCGCGUACUCGAAACGCUUUAUCGCACGCUCCUGGCUGAGCUACGGCAAGCUCACGACACUGAACUCGAAAACUUCAAAGAUGAUCUCCGCCUCCAAGCAGUCAUAUCACACACCACACGCAGCUUGUCUAGCCAAACUUUAACAACCAGUAGCACUGGGAAAUCUGCCACUUCAGAUGAAGGAAGGCUCUCUAAGAGCGGGCGAAUCCGCCGGAGAAUGGAGAUUACGACAUUUGAACUGCUCCAAGCAAAAGAAAGAAGAACAGCAGGAAAGCAUCGCAAGGAAGAGAUUCAUGGACUGAGGAAGGAGCACGGAGAUAUAGUCAUCCCUGAAAAGAAUGGGGGUAUCGCAGAAGCCAACUGCCUCAGAGAGAUCAACACAAUUUUGGUCAACUGGGGCCUCACAAACAUCGAAUUCGCAGGAAAAACUCAUAGAUGGGAGGAUGACUUGGAGGAUAUGGUCGAGUAUUACGUCCAGCGCGAACAAGAAGAGAGUAAACGGCAGCGAGAGGCGCGUUCGGUGUAUUAG